UUAGAAGACUGGUGCAGUUUUGUGUUAGUGUGGAAACAUGUCAUUGAAAAGUAUAGUCAGCGAACUGAAGGGGAUUAAAAAUAGAUUAUCAAAGCUCUGCCGUGGUUCGAAAUCAGACGUUGUUGCUAUAACUCCAACUGAACCUAUUCAGCAGGGACAAUGGGCGAGUCUUCCACCCGAAUUGCUUUCGGACAUCAUACGUAGGCUCGAAGAGAGUGAGACAUCUUGGCCUGAGCGUACUGCUCUUAUCUUUUGUGCUUCGGUAUGUAAAUCAUGGAGGUCCGUUACGAAAGAGAUCAUCAAGGGUCCUCAGCAACAUGGACAGAUCACAUUUCCUAUUUCAUUGAAACUGCCCGGUCCCAGCGUGUAUGCGAUGCGCUGCUUUAUUAAGAGGAACAAAAAAACUUCUACAUUUCUGUUGUACUUAGACUCAGUGCCAGCUGAGAAUGAGAGUAGUAAGUUGUUAUUAGCCGCGAAAAGGAUAAGAAGGACCAAAUUUGUGAUAUCCUUGGCAGCAGAUGAUUUUUCUCGAGCCAGGGACAAAUAUGUUGGUAAACUGAGGUCUAAUUUUUGGGGCACGAAGUUCACUAUAUACGACGGCCAUCCUUCAAUAUUCGAUGAAACUUCUUCACCUUCACGAGAACCGAAGGGAAAACGUCCGAUGAAAGAUACAUUCUCUGUAAGUCUGUCAGAGCCGUUGGAACGGAAAUAUAAUGCUCCGGGAUGGGAUGAGCAGCGUCUGUUACGUUUUCUAGACGACAAGGACUGUGCUGUUGUGUCAUCUAUAAGAAACUAUGAACUUUUAGCUGUUCUUAAUGGGUCUCGUAAUGUUUCUCCUUUAGAGCAAGAGAAUGUGAUCUUGCAUUUUGGGAAGACUCCUACAAAAGAUAUAUAUAUCAUGGAUUACUAUUAUCCACUCUCUGCCUUUCAAGCAUUUGCCAUCUGCUUGACGGCAAUGUGAUCAUCAUCUUCUGAUUUGUUGCAAAUAAAAAUGAGGACAGUUAAUCGAACACCAAGAACUGAGAAACCCAGGUAAAGGAUAUUGAUUAGUGUAUGAACGACUGAGAUUAACACAGGAUGAAGAACAUGAGGGAGACUGCCGGGGACAAGAUCCAUUUCCACUGCAUAUUUACAUCUAGUACUUCUUUUCUAAUUCUUUACAAACUUCCUAUAUGGGACUUUUUUGUUAUUAGAAUUUAUUAGUUUGAAAGCUUAAAGUGAAGGUGUAGCAACAUUACUAUUUUUACCCUAUUAUUGUUAACUGUUUGGCUUUGUUUA